UCAAUAAAAAUGUAGCAUUUGAUUUCAGUUUGUUGCAUUAUUAUAGGUUUAUAAUAAUUGAAACAAAGAUUAGUAACGGUUCUGAUUUCAAUUUAAAUCAAGACAAGAAUAAACAAGCAGUUAUUAUAAUCUAUGGUUGCAUAUUUCGUCAUUCGACCCCUUAUCAACGAAUUUUAAUCAAAGUAAAACUAAUUACAAUUGCAGAUAACAAAUGUUACCUAAUUUAUUAAUCACAUACAGUGGAGGACUGCGCACGUCGCCAUAACGUUAAAAUGGCUAGUUUAGUUACGAAAAACGGCGGGUUGUUUGCAAGACUGAUUAAAAAUGUGAAUGACUCCGGUAAAAGGUUGUCUUCGCACUUUACAUAUUUCCCAGACGAUGGGAAACCAGUGGAAGGAGAAACAACCAAAAUGAACAUGAUGCAAGCCAUUAACAAUGCAAUGGAUCUGACACUCAAGACUGACCCCACGGCGGUGCUGUUCGGGGAGGAUGUGGCCUUUGGUGGUGUGUUCCGGUGUGCACUUGGGUUACAGGAGAAGUACGGCAAAGAACGGGUAUUCAACACGCCGCUCUGCGAGCAAGGCAUCGCGGGCUUCGGGAUAGGCCUGGCCACCGCCGGCGCCACCGCCAUCGCCGAGAUACAGUUCGCUGAUUACAUAUUUCCAGCCUUCGAUCAGAUAGUGAACGAGGCGGCGAAGGCCCGCUACCGCUCGGGCGCGCAGUUCUCGUGCGGCGCGCUGACGCUGCGCGCGCCCUGCAGCGCGGUGGGCCACGGCGCGCUCUACCACUCGCAGAGCCCCGAGGCCUUCUUCGCGCACGUGCCCGGCCUCAGGGUGGUAGUCCCCCGCGGGCCAAUCGCAGCCAAAGGACUUCUACUGUCCUGCAUAAGGGAGAAGGACCCGUGCGUCUUCUUAGAGCCCAAAAUCCUGUACCGCUCCGCCAGUGAAGAGGUCCCCGUCGGCGACUACACGCUGCCGCUGGGGAAGGCGCAGGUCCUAAGAGAAGGCGACGCCGCCACACUGGUGGGCUGGGGCACGCAGGUGCACGUCCUGCUGGAGGUGGCGGAACUGGCGCGGGACCAGCUCGGGGUACAGUGUGACGUCAUCGACCUGCAGUCCAUACUGCCCUGGGACGAGGAGACUGUCUGCAAUUCUGUGAAGAAAACUGGUCGUUGUAUUAUUGCUCAUGAAGCUCCCCUCACAUCAGGAUUUGGUGCUGAAAUUGCCGCGACUAUACAGGAGCAGUGUUUCCUGCACCUGGAGGCCCCGGUGUCGCGCGUGUGCGGCUGGGACUCCCCCUUCCCGCACGUGUUCGAGCCGCUCUACCUGCCGGGGGUCACGCGCUGCUACGACGCGCUCAAGGAAACUCUUAAAUACUAAACACACACACACGUGAUCCUUCACCACAGCCUCACUCAUUUCAAUCAAUGUGACUUGCCAAUGUUUAUCAGUUAUCUAGUACUCAUAAUACAAGUUCGCUUAGUUUGAGACUAGAUGGCGUUGUGUAAAAAUCGUAGAAUAUUAUAAAGCCAACUAAACGAUGUGUUCAUACUGUACUAGUUUGCGAGUACGUUGCUUUUAAUUAUGUACAUGACUGUUUCUCGCGUGUUACUCACACCACGCUCGCUUAGUGCAAGGCAGGCAUACUCGUAAGUAGUAUCUAUGGAAGCUGUACGCGAAAUGCGCAUGCGACAGGUCUGAACACGUCUUAAGGACUUUUGUACACUAUCUCGUAUUGGUAAUUUACUAUUACAAAUUAGAAACGCAAAAAUCGGACAAGUGAAGAAUUGCCGACUAAAGAAAAGUACCUUAUCUUUUGAUAUCACUUUGUUGCGUUUAUCACUAAUGAAAAACGAAUAAAGAUGAAAAUUCUUUAGAGGGCGCAAACACCCCUAGUUUUUAAGAUGGCCAAAUCAAAUCUAAAACGUAUAAAUAAGAUACUUUAAAAUACUGCACAGGGUUAUUUAUUAUUAAGUCCACUUUGAAUCAAUUUGCUUUUUAUAAAUAAAAUGUUUGUUAAACUUAUUGCAUUUCUUGCAGACUAGUGUAUAUGUCGUUAUUAUUUCAUCAACUGCAACUUUUUUUAUUGCAUUUCACCUUGUUAUAAUUAUGGCAGUUUUUUUGCAGAGAAUAAAAGUGAAGUAAUUAACAAUUUUAAAGUUCUUUUGGUGAUACUAUAGGGAGCCAUAGUAUUUUUAAGUGAAAGUAAUGUAUUUUUGUAAUGUUAUAAUGGAAAGGUUUGUUAUUGGUGUCAUGUACAUUUUAUACAAUAAAUAUUUAUUUUGUUUAGUUUCCUAUU